AUGGCAGCGCGCGAGGCCACAAACUUGGCCUGCCGAGCCUUCAGCGUGCAGAAAUCCGGGCGAGAUGAUUGUGUAGGUGGCGCAGAGGCAUCCGCUUUGCCGACGAUACCCACUGCCAGCAUCAAGCGGGUGAAAUGUCUGGACGAGCAUGAGUUUCGAAAGCUCCUGCGCUUCCGCCGUGAGCCAAGUGAGGAGAGCAGUGGCCUGCCCGUGGACCACGUCUGGGGAAUGGUGCCAGAGGAUCCACCGAAGCAGGCGCGGCCACCCAAGCAGACACUGCUUCGUGGAUUGCUUCUCCCCCAGCCCGACAAGGGCGACCUGCAGCCACGAAGCAAAAGCGGUAUGUGGGAGAAGGUGCGUGGGAUGCAGGCUUGGGCUGCAUCGAGGCUGCGGCGUCGUUGCUGCAAGAGCUCGCCGGGCCGGGGGUCACCGAGCAGGCUGAAGAGGAGAUCGCCGUUGUGCUCUCUCGCUGUGUGGCCGACGUGCGACGGCUUCGUCUGGAGCCACCAG